AUGCCAGCCGAGUCCCCCAAUACCGUCUCUAUAAAGAGGAGCACUAAGAACGACACGCCAGGCAAUCCAUCCUUUGGCGAAAUCAGCAUUACUAAAGUCAAUGAUCAAAUGGUGUACGCGCCUGGUGUUGUCAAAUCUUAUGGCCAGGGAUCGGAUACCCAGCGGCCCGCAGGAGGGACCGAAGACGGAAAGGAAGCGGCUGUUCCCGACCGCAAUGAGUCCAACGAGGCCAAUAGUACCGCUACUGGUAUGGCUUCGCUUUUUAAGGCUUCAAGGGGACACUAG